AGAGGCCGGUAGAGGACCGAGAGAGAAAAGUUGUCCCCCAGGAUGGACUUCGCCGCGCAGCCCAAGCCUGCCGCUGCCCUCUGUGGCGUCGUGAGCGCCGACGGGAAGAUCGCCUACCCGCCGGGGGUGAAGGAGAUCACCGACAAGAUCACCACGGACGAAAUGAUCAAGCGGCUCAAGAUGGUGGUGAAAACUUUUAUGGAUAUGGAUCAGGACUCUGAAGAUGAAAAACAGCAGUAUCUCCCACUAGCUUUGCAUCUUGCAUCUGAAUUUUUCCUCAGGAACCCAAAUAAAGAUGUGCGUCUCCUUGUAGCAUGUUGCUUGGCUGACAUCUUUAGAAUCUAUGCCCCAGAAGCUCCAUAUACAUCUCACGAUAAACUUAAGGACAUAUUUUUGUUUAUUACCAGACAGUUAAAAGGUUUGGAGGAUACAAAGAGUCCACAGUUUAAUAGAUACUUUUAUUUAUUAGAGAAUUUAGCUUGGGUUAAAUCAUAUAACAUCUGCUUUGAAUUGGAAGAUUGCAAUGAAAUUUUUAUUCAGCUUUUUAGAACUCUCUUCUCAGUGAUCAACAAUAGCCACAAUAAGAAGGUACAAAUGCAUAUGUUAGACUUGAUGAGUUCUAUCAUCAUGGAAGGUGAUGGAGUUACUCAAGAACUGUUGGACUCCAUUCUUAUUAACCUCAUCCCUGCACAUAAGAACUUAAAUAAACAGUCAUUCGACCUUGCAAAAGUGUUGUUGAAAAGGACAGUCCAGACUAUUGAGGCAUGCAUUGCCAAUUUUUUCAAUCAAGUCCUGGUGCUGGGAAGAUCAUCAGUAAGUGAUUUGUCCGAACAUGUAUUUGAUCUGAUUCAGGAACUUUUUGCUAUAGAUCCUCAGUUAUUAUUAUCCGUCAUGCCACAGCUUGAAUUCAAACUGAAGAGCAAUGAUGGAGAAGAGCGAUUAGCUGUCGUUCGACUUCUAGCUAAAUUGUUUGGCUCUAAAGAUUCCGAUUUGGCAACACAGAAUCGUCCCCUUUGGCAGUGUUUUCUUGGAAGAUUUAAUGACAUUCAUGUUCCUGUGAGAUUAGAAAGUGUGAAAUUUGCCAGCCACUGUUUAAUGAACCAUCCAGAUCUAGCAAAGGACCUCACAGAGUAUUUAAAGGUUAGAUCACAUGACCCAGAAGAAGCUAUUCGUCACGAUGUCAUUGUUACUAUAAUAACAGCUGCCAAAAGAGACCUUGCAUUAGUAAAUGAUCAGCUGCUUGGCUUUGUACGAGAAAGAACACUGGAUAAACGGUGGCGAGUAAGAAAAGAAGCUAUGAUGGGUCUGGCUCAGCUUUAUAAGAAAUACUGUCUUCAUGGUGAAGCAGGAAAAGAAGCUGCAGAGAAAGUCAGCUGGAUAAAGGAUAAACUUCUGCAUAUUUAUUAUCAGAACAGCAUUGAUGACAAACUGUUGGUAGAGAAAAUCUUUGCUCAGUAUCUUGUACCCCACAACCUGGAAACAGAAGAGAGAAUGAAAUGCUUAUAUUAUUUAUAUGCUAGUUUGGAUCCAAAUGCUGUAAAAGCUCUCAAUGAAAUGUGGAAGUGUCAGAACAUGCUUCGGAGUCAUGUACGCGAACUGUUGGAUUUACACAAGCAGCCCACAUCAGAGGCUAACUGCUCAGCUAUGUUUGGAAAACUCAUGACCAUCGCAAAGAAUUUGCCUGAUCCUGGGAAAGCACAAGAUUUUGUGAAGAAAUUUAACCAGGUUCUCGGUGAUGAUGAGAAACUGCGUUCUCAGUUGGAAUUAUUAAUUAGCCCAACCUGUUCCUGUAAACAGGCAGAUGUUUGUGUGAGAGAAAUAGCCCGGAAACUUGCAAAUCCUAAGCAGCCAACAAAUCCUUUUCUAGAGAUGGUCAAAUUUUUGUUGGAAAGAAUUGCACCUGUGCACAUUGAUUCAGAAGCCAUAAGUGCACUAGUAAAACUGAUGAAUAAGUCAAUAGAAGGGACAGCAGAUGAUGAAGAGGAGGGUGUAAGUCCAGAUACAGCUAUUCGUUCAGGACUUGAACUUCUUAAGGUUCUCUCUUUCACACAUCCUACCUCGUUCCACUCUGCAGAGACAUAUGAGUCCUUGUUACAGUGCCUAAGAAUGGAGGAUGACAAGGUGGCAGAAGCAGCUAUACAGAUUUUUAGAAACACAGGUCACAAAAUAGAGACAGAUCUUCCCCAGAUACGAUCGACCUUAAUUCCCAUUUUACAUCAAAAAGCAAAGAGGGGUACUCCACACCAAGCGAAACAAGCUGUGCACUGUAUCCACGCCAUAUUCACAAAUAAAGAAGUCCAGCUUGCACAAAUUUUCGAGCCACUCAGUAGGAGUCUGAAUGCUGAUGUGCCAGAACAACUUAUAACUCCAUUAGUUUCAUUGGGCCACAUUUCUAUGUUAGCACCAGAUCAGUUUGCUUCCCCAAUGAAAUCUGUAGUAGCAAAUUUUAUUGUGAAAGAUCUGCUAAUGAAUGACAGGUCAACAGGUGAGAAGAAUGGAAAGUUAUGGUCCCCAGAUGAAGAGGUUUCCCCUGAAGUCCUAGCAAAGGUACAGGCAAUUAAACUUCUGGUAAGGUGGCUGUUGGGUAUGAAAAACAACCAGUCUAAAUCUGCCAAUUCCACUCUACGGUUAUUAUCAGCGAUGUUGGUUAGUGAGGGUGACCUGACAGAGCAGAAAAGAAUCAGUAAAUCUGAUAUGUCUCGCUUGCGAUUAGCUGCUGGUAGUGCCAUAAUGAAGCUUGCUCAGGAACCUUGUUACCAUGAAAUUAUUACCCCAGAACAGUUUCAACUCUGUGCACUUGUUAUUAAUGAUGAGUGUUAUCAAGUAAGGCAGAUAUUUGCUCAGAAGCUCCACAAGGCACUUGUGAAGUUGCUGCUCCCCCUGGAGUACAUGGCAAUCUUUGCCUUGUGUGCCAAAGAUCCAGUAAAGGAGAGGAGGGCACAUGCACGACAGUGUUUACUAAAAAAUAUCAGUAUACGCAGGGAGUACAUUAAACAGAACCCUAUGGCUACUGAGAAAUUAUUAUCACUGUUGCCUGAAUAUGUAGUUCCAUACAUGAUUCACCUGCUAGCCCAUGAUCCAGAUUUCACAAGAUCACAAGAUGUUGAUCAGCUUCGUGAUAUCAAAGAGUGCCUGUGGUUCAUGCUUGAAGUUUUAAUGACGAAGAAUGAAAACAACAGUCAUGCCUUUAUGAAGAAAAUGGCAGAGAACAUCAAGCUCACCCGAGAUGCCCAGUCUCCUGAUGAGCCCAAAACUAAUGAAAAACUUUAUACAGUUUGUGAUGUGGCUCUGUGUGUUAUAAAUAGUAAAAGCGCUAUGUGCAAUGCAGACUCUCCAAAGGAGCCAGUCCUCCCAAUGAAGUUUUUUACACAACCGGAAAAGGACUUCUGUAAUGACAAGAAUUAUAUUUCAGAAGAGACAAGAGUGCUUCUGUUAACAGGAAAGCCAAAGCCUGCUGGAGUAUUGGGUGCAGUAAACAAACCUUUAUCAGCAACGGGAAGAAAACCUUAUGUUAGAAGCACUGGCACGGAGACUGGAAGCAAUAUUAAUGUAAAUUCAGAAUUGAACCCUUCAACCGGAAAUCGAUCAAGGGAACAGAGUUCAGAGGCAGCAGAAACUGGGGGUAGUGAAAAUGAAGAGAACCCUGUGAGAAUUAUUUCUGUCACACCUGGAAAGAAUAUUGACCCGGUAAAGAACAAGGAAAUUAAUUCUGAUCAGGCUACCCAGGGCAACAUCAGCAGUGACCGAGGAAAGAAAAGAACAGUAACUGCAGCUGGGGCGGAGAAUAUCCAACAAAAGACAGACGAGAAAGUGGAUGAAUCAGGACCACCUGCCCCUUCCAAACCCCGAAGAGGACGCCGACCCAAGUCGGAAUCUCAGGGCAACCCAACCAAAAACGAUGAUGUAAAUAAGCCUAAUAGCAAGGGGAGGAAGCGAGCCGCAGGCAGCCAGGAGAGUCCUGGGGGCUUGGAAGCAGGAAAUGCCAAAGCACCCAAACUGCAAGACGGAGCCAAAAAGGCAGUCCCAGCAGAGAGACAGAUUGACCUGCAGAGGUAA